AUGGGUGCAACUUGUUGUAAAUCAAAUUUACAAACCUAAGAUGAACUAUCUGUGCAAUCAGCAGCUUUUGGCGAGAAUGAACAGGGUUCUUAAAAAAGAGUAGUUAAACAAUCUACUGCUAACAAACGUCAAGCAUAUACACCAGCUUAGACUUUUGGAUUAGGAUUGAAAUAAAACCUGUCUGAGGAAGGGAAAGAAGUUUAUGAGGAGCCAAAGAAGGUUUCUAUGGUAGUGUCAAAGGAGUUAGAAUAAUUGUUGGAGCGAUAGAAUUCGGACACGGACAGAAAGAAGAUAUUGGAGUAGCAGUCUGCAUAGAGUAUGAUGUUAGUGAUGACAUUAGAGAAAGAGCAUAAAUUGAAUGUGAACAUAGACGUCUUUGUAUAGUUGAAGAAGGGUUAAAUAUCUGAUCAUUAUGUAACUGGAUAAGUAUUGGGAGAAGGAGCUUUUGGGAAAGUGUGGAAGGUGACACACAAAAAGACUAAUUUGGAUAGGGCAAUGAAGCAACUCAAGAAAAGCUCAAUUUUAAAGGAGGAUAAAGAGAAAUUGUUUUCUGAAAUGAAUAUAUUGAAGAACUUAGACCAUCCAAAUAUUGUAAAAUUGUAUGAAUUAUUCGAAGAUGAUAAAAAUUACUAUUUGGUUACCGAGUAUUGUUCUGGUGGAGAAUUAUUUGAUCGUAUAAAGAAAAUGAACUUUUUCAGUGAAAAAAAAGCAGCAGAAUUAAUGAGAUAAAUCCUAAGUGCUGUUUGGUAUUGUCAUAAUCAAAAGAUUGUGCAUAGAGACUUGAAGCCAGAGAAUUUAUUAUUUGUGUCUGAUUCACAAGAUGCUGAUUUAAAAGUGAUAGAUUUUGGGACAUCCCGUAAAUUUGAAACUGGCAAAAGGAUGACAAAAAGAUUAGGAACUCCUUAUUAUAUUGCUCCUGAAGUGUUAUUGGAGAACUACAACGAGAAAUGUGAUGUUUGGUCUUGUGGUAUCAUUCUUUAUAUCUUGCUCUGUGGUUAUCCUCCAUUUUCAGGUAGAAGUGAAUCAGAUAUUUUGAAAAGAGUGAAGGCAGCAUAAUUAAAGUUCGAUCCUGAAGAUUGGGCUCAUAUUAGUGAAGAUGCUUAAAAUCUCAUUAAAAAUAUGUUGAAUCCCAAUCCUGCCAAAAGAUUAAGUGCUGAGGAAGCAUAUAAUGAUAAGUGGAUUUAAAACAACGCGCCUUCCAAUUAAGUCAAUCAAAAAGCCUUGUAAAAUCUACAGCAAUUUCAUGCGAAGAGCAAAUUCAAAUAGGCAGUUCUGACUUUUAUGGCCACUCAAAUUAUCACUCAAUAAGAGUAGGAUGAAUUGAAUAAGACAUUUUAGGCUAUUGACAAGAAUGGAGAUGGCAAACUCUCAAGACAGGAAUUAAUAGAUGGUUACACUUUAGUUACCAACAAUCAAGAGUUAGCUACUCAAUAGGUCGAUCGCAUUAUGGAAUUAGUAGACAUUAAUAGAUCUGGGGAAGUAGAUUUUACAGAAUUCUUAAUUGCAGCCAUGAAUUAGGAGAAGUUCCUGUCUGUUCAAAAGAUGGAAUAGGCCUUUAAGGUCAUUGAUUUGGAUGGGGACAACUACAUCUCCAAAGCAGAGUUAUAAAAUGUUAUGGGGGAUGUUGAUGAUGAGAUUUGGAUACAAAUACUUAAGGAAUGUGAUAGUGAUAAUGAUGGUAAAAUAUCAUUGGAAGAAUUUUCAACCUUAUUACAAUCCAAAGUUUUAUGA